AUGGGAGCUCUGUCUUCCCAUGAUGCUCCCCUUUCCCAAGAGCGGAGCACAGAAGAGGGGGAAGUGGCAGCUCUGCGACUCACAGCUAGAUCCCAGGCAUCAGUGACAUUCAAGGAUGUGGCCAUGGACUUUACCCCAGAGGAGUGGGGGAAGCUGGAUCCUGCCCAAAGGGAGGUGAUGCUGGAGAACUAUAGGAACCUGGUGUCGCUUUGGCUUCCAGUUUCCAAAUCUGAGAACUACAGUUUGGAGAGCGGAAAAGAACCACUGAUGCUUGAGAGAAAAGCCCCCAAAAGCAGCUAUUCAGACCUGGAGGCUAAACCCGAGGGCAAAGAUUCAACUUCAGUGCAAGAUAUUUCCAAAGAAGAAUCAUGCCAAGCCGCAGUAAUAGACAGACUGACAGGAAACGGUGUCUAUGGCUCCAGCUUGGAAACAACUCUUGAAUGUGAAAAUUGGUUAGAGAAUCAGCAAGGAAAUCAGGAGAGACCCUUGAGAGAAAUGUUCACCCAUGUGAAUUCACUCCCCGAAGAAGGAGCUCAUGAGCAUGACGUAUAUUGGAAAAACUUUGGUCAGAAGUCUGUUCUUCUCACUCAAGACAGAGUUCCCAAAGGAUCCUAUGCCUUCCAUACACUUGGAAAAAGGUUGACACCGAAAUCAAACUUAAUGAAAAAGCAAAGAACCUGUAAAGAGAAAAAACCUCAUAAAUGUAACGAUUGCGGGGAGCUCUUCACUUACCAUUCAGUGCUUAUUCGACACCAGAGAGUCCAUACUGGAGAGAAACCCUAUAGCUGUAAUGAAUGUGGGAAAUCUUUUAGCCACAGAGCUAAUUUAACUAAACAUCAGAGAACUCAUACCAGAAUUCUCUUUGAAUGCAGUGAAUGCAAGAAGGCCUUCACAGAAAGCUCAUCCCUCGCGAUACAUCAGAGAAUUCACAUUGGGGAGAGACCGUAUGAAUGCAAUGAAUGCGGAAAAGGUUUUAAUCGAAGUACACAUCUGGUACAGCACCAGUUGAUUCAUACUGGAGUGAAGCCGUAUGAAUGUAAUGAAUGUGAUAAAGCUUUCAUUCAUUCCUCAGCUCUUAUUAAACAUCAAAGAACUCAUACUGGAGAGAAACCCUACAAAUGUCAGGAAUGUGGGAAAGCCUUUAGCCACUGCUCAUCCCUUACUAAACAUCAGAGAGUUCAUACUGGAGAAAAGCCAUAUGAAUGUAGCGAAUGUGGAAAAACCUUUAGUCAGAGCACACAUCUUGUUCAGCAUCAGAGAAUCCAUACUGGAGAGAAACCCUAUGAGUGUAACGAAUGUGGGAAAACCUUCAGCCGGAGCUCAAAUUUUGCUAAACAUCAAAGAAUUCAUAUUGGAAAGAAACCGUACAAAUGUAAUGAAUGUGGGAAAGCCUUCAUUCAUUCAUCAGCUCUUAUUCAACACCAGAGAACUCAUACUGGAGAGAAGCCUUACAGAUGUGACGAAUGUGGGAAAAGCUUUAAGUGCAGUUCAUCCCUCAUCAGACAUCAAAGAAUUCAUACUGAAGAGCAACUCUGA